AUGUCGGGCGUUUGGGUGUUCAAGAAUGGGGUGGUCCGGCUGGUGGAGAAUCCGGGGGAGUAUCAAGCUGCCCGGAAAAUGCUGAUUCAUGUGCGGACCAACGAGGCCAUUACCUCGUACGCCGUCCUAGAAAGGAAGCUUAUGGCGCUGGGAUGGGAGAGGUACUAUGAUGAGCCUGAGCUUCUGCAGUACCACAAGAGAUCCACCGUUCAUCUCAUUUCUCUCCCCAGGGACUUCAACAAGUUCAGGUCCAUGCACAUGUACGACAUUGUUGUCAAGAAUCGAAACGAGUUUGAAGUUAGGGAUAUAUAA